AUGAAACUCUAUUCUUCUUUUGCUCAAAAAAAACUUGCACUUCAAGUUGUACGAUAUAUAGUUUCUUGUGUUCAGCCCAUUUAUCUUGUCGAAAUUGAUGACUUUAAGCUUUUGAUAAAAAGUUUUGAUUCUCGAUUUAAAAUGCCAUGUGUUAGUACAAUAAAAAUGAUCAUAUUUGAUACUUAUACUUCAGCAGUAAAGCAAAUUAUAGAUUUUAUUUUAGGGACAUCUGACACAGUUUCUUUAACCUUUGAUAUUUGGUUUUCACAAGCACAUGAUGGUUAUAUCAGAAUCACUUGUUACUGGCUUACAGAAUCAUUUGAGUUGCACGAAAUUAUACUUGAAAUUGGGGAGUUGUAUGAUUAUUAUGCAUCUGAUAUUGUAGAAUCUGUUAACUCUGUUUUGGAUAAAUUUAAUAUUAAUCGUCAAAAGAUCUUUUCUAUUACCACAGAUAAUAGUGCAAAUAUCAAGUCAGCAGUGCAACAAAUGGGCAUUACUAAUGUUAAGUGUGCCAGGCAUACAUUACAACUAAGUGUAAAUUUAGGACUAAAGCAAGUAGAUGAGCUUAUUUCAAAGUGCAAAACACUUGUUUCUAUUUUGUCAAAAGAAAAAAAAAGAAAACAACUUAAAAAACCAUUAAAUGUCAUUAAGGAUGUGGAUACCAGAUGGAAUUCCACCUUUUAUUCUAUUGAACAUCUUGUGUACUUGAGACCCGCCAUUAUGCAAUUAUACUUAACUCUCAAUAAUCAUACUCUUAGGGAGGUUAGAAGAGAGGCAGAAACGAUAAGUUCUUUUCUUUCUUCAGAAGAAGAAUUUGAAUUAUUGGAAGAACUCAUUGUAAUCCUUUCUCCUUUCGAUGAAGCAACACAAUUUUUAAGUGAAUCCAAAUACCCGACACUUGGUUUUAUGACACCAAUGUUAGAAGAACUCGCACAUUGA